AGCGGCACUAAUGCUCCAGCGCGAACGAGGCUGGGGUGGAAUGGGGGAGAGCCGGGCAAAAGGCAGCCUUAAAACCCGGUAGGAAUCUGCUUGGCUGGGCACCGUGCCGGGGAGCUGCUGUGCAAACGGGUACUGGGGCUACCCUGGUGGACCGUGAGCUGCGGGAGCCAUCAUGCAGAGAGGGCGCCGGAGGAAAGCAGGGCCUGCACCACGGCCACGGCAGCCCAGGCCAUGCCGCCCGCGGGAGAGGAACUGAGCCUUGCCACUGACCCCAGCAGCUCAACUGGAUCCCAAUCGGCGCCGCACGCAGUUUCUUCCUGCUCGGCUGCUGCCUGGGUUGGGGUGUGCGUGUCAGGCGUUCACCAGCUGUAGCUGGCUCGCUGGGAGCUCAAGAGCUGGGGCCGGGUCCCUGCAGAUUUCACCGAAGGCCUCACCCUUUGCCGAUAACCAGCCAUGCCCGACCGGGCGCUCUGUUUCCUGUGCAGUUUGGUGAUGCCUGCCGCCUUCCUGUGCACAGAUCUGCUUCCCAGGGUCACCUUCCCAAGAGGAGACCCCCGGAGGACCCUAACCAGCUUCAGCCAGGACGGAAUCUUCAACUAUGAUACUUUCCUCUUGAGCGAAGACGAAGGCACUCUGUACGUGGGAGCUCGAGACACCCUCCUCUCCCUCCGGGUGGACAGCGCUGGGUCCAUGAAGCUGACGGGCUCAAUAGCGUGGCCACCCCUGCUUAAAAAAAAGGACGAGUGUGUCUUUAAGAAGAAAAGCAAUGUGACAGAGUGCUUCAACUUCAUCCGUGUCCUGGUGCCAGUGAACCAGACUCACCUGUACACCUGUGGGACCUACGCCUUCAGCCCCAUCUGCUCUUACAUUAAUCUGGAGAAUUUCAGCCUGGUUUCUGGAGGCCAAGGGGAGCCUCUCCUCCAGGAUGGGAAGGGACAGUGCCCCUUCGACCCCCGCCACAAGUAUACGGCCAUCCUGGUGGAUGGUGAGCUCUACACGGGGACCAUGAACAACUUCCAAGGAAACGAGCCCAUAAUCUCCCGUGCCCUGGGCAGCAGGACCUUUCUGAAGACCGAUACCUUCCUCAGGUGGCUAAAUGUCGACGCAGGCUUCGUGGCCUCGGCCAACAUCCCUGGAGACGAGAAGGUCUAUUUCUUCUUCGAGGAGACGGCCGAGGAGUUUGAGUUCUUUGAGAAGCUCACGGUCUCCCGGGUGGCUCGUGUGUGCAAGAAUGACGUCGGAGGACAGAAGGUGCUGCAGAAGAAAUGGACCACGUUCCUGAAAGCUCAGCUGACGUGCGUCCAGCCUGGACACUUCCCUUUCAACGUGAUCCAUCACGCCUUUGUCCUACCCCAGCCAGGAGGGGGCGCCGUCUUCUAUGGACUCUUCGCCUCACAAUGGCAGAUGGGAGACGCAGGCAGCACGGCGGUGUGCGCUUUCAACCUGGAGGACGUCGAAAGAGUCUUCAGUGGCAAAUACCAGGAACUGAACAAGCAGAGCGCCCGGUGGAUGACAUACAGCGAUGGGAUCCCUGAGCCCCGCCCUGGCAGCUGCUCGGUGUACCCAUCAGCGGACAAAGUCCUGACCUUCAUAAAAAACCAUUUCCUGAUGGAUGAGAAGGUUGUGCCCAGGAACAAGCAGCCGCUGCUGGUGAAGCAGAACGUGAAGUAUACGCGGAUCGCAGUCGAUCAGACCCACAGUGUCACGGGCACCUCCUAUGAGGUGAUGUUCCUGGGAACAGAUCAAGGGUUCCUGCACAGAGCAGUGGCUCUGGCCAGCGGUACUCAUAUCAUUGAGGAAAUCCAGCUGUUUAAGGACCCGGAACCUGUGCAGAACCUUCUGUUCUCACCUGGGAAGGGGAUCCUGUAUGUGGGGUACUCCAAGGGGGUGCUGCAGGUGCCGCUGGCCAACUGCAGCGUGUACAGGAGCUGUGCUGACUGUGUCCUCGCCCGAGACCCCUACUGCGCCUGGGACAGGCACAGCCAGUCGUGCCAGGAGACCCGAGGCACAAACAAAAACACGAGUGACUGGCUGCAGGACGUCGAGUGGGGUAGACCGGGGACUACGUGCCAGCAGAUCAGUGGGAGAGGCAGGGCCACGCCCAGGUCUCGGGACGACUCGGGCAGCAGCCUGGUAAAAACUUUGAGCCCAGCGCUGAACUCUGUGAUCCGGCUGCCCUGCCCGCAGCUCUCCGCCCUGGCCAAUUACAACUGGAGCUACCCAGGGGAUAAGACCCCGGCGGGGCUGCUGAUGUUGGAUAAUAAGAUGUUGGUGAUCAUCAUGCAGCGCCAGGCGGCGGGCGAGUACACGUGCUGGGCCAGCGAGAACGGGCACCGUCAAGCUGUGGCCCGCUAUGUGGUGCAGGACCCCACGGAAGGCAACAUCCUGAGCGAGAGCGGAGGGGACAGCAUGGUCGGGCAAGGGCUGGAGCGGGGGGCAGGCCCACAGGGCGGGCACCGCUCCUACUGGGCACAGUUUGUGACGGUGACGGUGCUGCUGUCGAUGACGCUGGCCAUAGCAAUGACCAUGGCCGGGUUCUCCUACCACAACAGGCUCAAGGCCAAGAGCAAGGUGCAAGGAUGCAACACCCCCGAAGCCACCAAGGUGUCCAAUCAGGAGAAGGUGCCGCUGAACGGAGGCCGGAGCCCACAGGAGGGGGCCAAGGACCCCAGGGACUGCUGCCUCCAGAUGGAGGGCCUGUACCAGGGCACAGACGCGGACAACAACAGGUUAAAUGCCAGCCCGGGGGCCGGGGAGGGUUUCCAAGGGGCGGCUCUGGAGAAAGCAUAGGCUGGCCGUGCCUGCCCCGACCCGCCUUUCGUCUUGAAAUCAGCCGUGUCGUGGUACCGAGCAGCCCUACGAUAACAAACCAGGGUGUGUGGCUCAGUGCUUGGGAGCGACCCUACAAUAACAAACCGGUCUGCGUCCAGCCCCCAAAUUCAUAACAAACGUCGUAUCAGCUGGGGAGACCUUCCACACAGCGCGCCCAGAAACGCCCCCUGCUCCUCGUCAGCGUGCCAGCUGCUGCCGUCCGCCCAUGGGUGGGUCGCUCCACCGCUGAAGAGCGAUGGGCCCAGCCUGCCUCACUGCGCUGCCUGGGCAUCACCACCAGAGUCGUGGGACGGGCGUUCAAACAAACAAACAAACAAAAAAAACCCUCCACUUUUGAGUUUCCACACCAAGCAAGAGUCAAACAAGGAGCACAUCUGGGGCUCUAGAUGACCAGGUUCAAAGGAGCUGGGGGGCAGAGCGGCGCUGGAGGGUGCGUGAGCCCUUCCUGGCUCGUGCCCGCCAGGGAUUUCAGCAGGGAGCAACCCCGCUGUGGGAUCGGAAGGGGCGCAGUGUUGCUGUGUCUACAGAGCUAAGCUGCGUGCGUAGCUGCUGCCUCCCGGGCUGUUGCCCCCAGCACUGGCCUGGACCAGCUGGGAGCUGCCACGUCCGCGCCACGAGAACUGUGAACAAAGGCCAAUGUGCGAUGCCGCCGCUGCACGUUACCUAGCGUGCCCCUGGCCGGCUCAGUCCUCCCCUGUGUGGGAUGCGGUUGGUGCCAGUCGAUGGCUGGGUGUAGCUCUGUUGGGGCCCAAUCCGGCUCCUCGCGGCUCUGAAUAUGGGGUCUAAUGUUCUGCCUUUGAGUGCAGGGUCAGCAGUUCAAAGCCAGCCCCGGCUGGCAAUGUUCAGACAGCUGAUCCUCGUCGGCCUGUGAGCAGCUGCGCUCCCCGUCUAGUUCCUGCUUGGCCAGAGGUCUGGAUCACAACAGCCAUUGCUAACUGGCCCCCUCGGCUGGGAGACCGGAGACGGCCCACAUCACGGAGACUGCGCUCUGCUCUGGGGGGGUGUCCUUCCAUCAGAGGGCACUGUGCUGUCACUCCCUGCUGUUGUGUGGGCAGAGGGCUUUAGGGCCUGAUUCUCAUUCACACUACAGCCUCUUUACACCACUCCGGUCCGGUAAAGGGGGCACCAAUUAGCCACACCCCCUCUGCCCUGCCGGAGUGGUAUAAGGGGCCUUUUAGGGUAAGUGAGAACCAGGCUGAGUCCCUGGGGUUUUGGAGCCAACAGCCUGGAAAAUC